AUGGUACCCAUUGCCAUCCCUAGGUUGAACCCGUAUCCCCGUCCACGACAGCAGCGCAACACCUCUAGACCCAGGCAUGGCGACACCAAGUCCUCGCUAGGGUUGCGCGGUUGCGCCGGCCGCCGCCGCCUCCCUCCUCCGGCGGCUCCCACCGUUGCCGUCCUCGGCUAAUCCCCCUCGCCUCGGCCGUCCUCGGACCGCCCCGGCGUCGUCUGCAAUGUCAGAUCCUGGUAGGGAUAGCAAUAUGCAGCAGCUAGUCCCCAUGGCACCACCGCCAAGGUCUUCUGCCGGUGAGACCGGGAAGGAACUGAUGGCGAAGAGUUAUGGCGGUGGGAGUGGGAAGGAGCUGGCUCUGGUGGAAGGCGGAGGAAAGAGCUCGGGAGGGGUCAAGCUACGGGAGGAUGAGGAGGACCUGGAGGUGAAGCUGAGGCGCAUCAUGGAGCACGUCCCUGUCCGUGUCAGCAACACCUCUGGAUCCUCUGCUGGCUCUGGUUCUGGCGAUUUCCACCAGUAUCGGCAAAUGAGGAGGCGGGAGCAGGACCGAAUAACGAGGAUGGAGACUGAUUACGAAAAGAGGAAACAGGUGGCUGAGUUCAAUCUGCGGAGGGAGGAAAGGCUGAAAGAAGCUGAGGAGCGAACAUCCAAAAAGCGCCUGAAACGCCAAAAGAAGAAGCAGCGCAAGAAAGAAAAGCGCACCAAAACUAGCAGUGGUGGUGAAGAACCUAACAGACAAGAACUUAACCGUGUGGAGUCCUCAGAUGAAGAGGAGGGUUCGGAUUAUGAGGGUGACGAUAAGUUUAAGCAAUGCACAUGAUCGAAGACGCUAUCGGACUGCAGGCCAACAUUCCUGGAGAUUGCUUUUCACUGGUAGAGAUUCUUGAUGAUAGUAGUCACUCACUGGCCUCCUGUAGUAACAGAGUUGGAAUAUACUAGGUUGGACCCCCUGUUUCUUGAAAAUAUUUACCUGAGCAAGUGCUGCGGGGCCACAGAUGGUGCAUUGGCUUCUUUGUUUGAAUUAUGUAUACCUGUUACAUGGCCAUGCUUGAAUACAUGUUUGGUCGGUCUUGUUAUUUCUGUUCCAGAUGUUACACUUGAGCCCCUAAUGUUUUAACAGCCAGCUUUAUACAACAAUUUAUUGAUGUCA